GAGAGAGAGAGAGAGAGAGAGAGAGAGUCUGACAGUCCUGCUCAGUGCACAAACGAGGUUGGUGAAAACAAGGAAGGUUUGAGCAUACAAGGCAGGUGUUACCAGGAUAUCCAGACAAGGAGAACUCAAAGGGACAUGUUGACGUUACCGUUCGAAGAGAACGACAUGAUGUGCGAGCCUCCUUUUGGUGCCAGUUUUCCUCGUGAGAAUAUUGGUGAGCAACGGAAGCAAGACAUCUCUCAUCCCGCACCCGACGAUACGUCCGAGACAAAAGAGACAGAGGACGACAACUCGGAGAGAGAUGAGGACGAAAGAGACGCCUGUAACGACGAAAACGGACAACAUAAACGGAGAGGCCCCCGGAGAAAGAGUGGAGUUCGCGUGGAAAGGGUCAAAAUGCGGCGUCAGGAAGCCAAUGCGCGGGAACGCAGUCGCAUGCAUGGCUUGAACGACGCACUGGAGAGCCUGCGCAAAGUUGUCCCCUGCUACUCCAAAACCCAGAAACUGUCUAAAAUCGAGACACUGAGACUGGCGAAGAACUACAUUUGGGCCCUGUCGGAGACAUUGAGUGCCGGUAAAAGACCAGAUUUGCUUUCCUUUGUCCAGACACUGUGCAAGGGAUUGUCGCAGCCGACCACCAAUUUAGUGGCAGGUUGUCUGCAGCUCAACGCCCGAAAUUUCCUCACGGAUCACAACGGAGAUGUGGCCUUCUCUGGCAGGCCUGCAUAUGACGUGAUGUACCCUUACCAGUCCUCGGACAUGGGCACGCCCACUGGCCACAGCACCGGCACCAUAGACAGCACCAAAACAUUCCGACCCUAUAACUACCAAGGCGCGUAUGAGUCCUAUUAUGAGGGCGCGUCUCCGGAGGGCAGUAGUCCACAAUUCGAGAGUCCGCUCAGCCCUGCGAUGAACUUUAACGGCAUAUUUUCACUAAAGCACGAAGAACCCGCUGAGUAUGGUAAGAAUAGCCACUACGGAAUGCGGUACUGUGGAGUGCCGACUCGAGGGGCACUCGCCCAGAACUCCAUGUACAGAAUGUCCCCUGACAAUCAUUUCCCUUACGACCUGCAUCUGCGCAGUCAGUCCAUCCAAGACGAAAUAAAUGCGCCUUUUCAUAAUUAAUAGGCAAGUUAAAAGGUUCCAAUUCCCUUUUGACUGUUAAUUACUGACUGCACAUUUAAUGCACUGAAGAUAAAAUCUGUUUUAUUCGGGCUUGUUCACAGUUAAUUGCUUACUAUAUGUAUUUAUUUAAUUCCCAAUUAAUUGGGCCGUUUACAAUAAUUUAGGUUAAUUAUUUUCAUUUCAGAUUUUGUAUGACAAGGUUUGAAUUGUAUUUAUUCAAUGUAUGAAAUAAAUGCAAAGUCUGUGCAAUCAAAUGUAAUGAUGCAAUCAGUGUUUUUGUAGUAAAUGCUGCUUUUGAUUUUAAAGAUGUUGAAAUAAAUUCAUCGUAAGGGAGAAAUAAUCUAUGCAACCAUGCAUUGGUAUUAACUGACACCAACAAAACGAAAUUUUUGUGAGAACAAUAUCCUACUGUAAAGUUCCAAUGGCACGUCGCAUUACUAUUUUAAGAGGUGAAAACAUCUUGAACAUCUAUUGAUUCAAAAGUAAACCGACUGACAAAUCACAUUAGUGAGAUAUCCACUUUCAGGCAGAAUUUAACACGAUUGAAGUCUAACAGAUGGGAUGAUCUGGCAUGAAAUUCAGUAGGCUAAACAUAUAGCCUAUUGGCUUAUUGUAGAUUAACUGGAUUUCAGAAAUAAAUGCAGUUUUUCGUAUUCUGCUGUAUGCCUUGUAUUUUGAAAUCAUUACAAGUGCAGGGGUAAAUAUAAAAAUACAGAAUUGUCUGCUGCUGAAGGCUGUUUGUUUUGUACACAAUCUCAAAAAAAAUAUUAAUAUUCGUUAUUGAUUAUGGUUGACUAUGUAAAUAGCCUAUUAAAAUCAUGUACAAAUCAACAUUGUGAUGUUUUUACCCUGCCUGUAUAAAAUGUCACCUGUUGUAUACUUGUAUUAUUGGCAUAUGUUUACAGUUUUACUAAUU